AUGGAUUCGAACCGCCAGCAUGGCUAUCAAUCGCCAUCGAAGACUGCUAGUCCUGCUGAUAUGAAUCUCGGUGCUGUUCAACACAAUCCUUCUUCCAUGACGAACACCUUGGCCUGGAAUCAUAUUGAAGAUAAGGACACAAAAACAUCGCAUCAUCACAAUAUGUCCAGCCCACACCCGCCUCCAGCACUUGGUAUUCCGGGGAAUACGGAGAACUCCCACACGCAACAGACUCAUAAUUCCGAAUUCAAUGAAAUUGCAGAUACUCUCGAUCGAUACGACAUCGGCAAUGUUGCAAAUAUCCAGCCUUCUAUCUAUAAAGCUUUCGGAGGUUUAGGGACUUUGCCCUGGGUCGCACUUAGCUAUUCCGUCUCCAGUAUCGCCUUUAUUCCCUUCGGGUACAAGAUGUUGAAGUAUAGGCACUUCAAGAUUAUGUGUCUUACGUCUAUACUAUGGAUGAUGGCGGGGGCCGCCAUGUCCGCGGGCGCUCCUGCUUUCCAGUUUGUUGUUCUCGGCCGUUUGCUGUCGGCUUUGGGCACAAGCAUCAUCUACCAAGCUACGUCAAGCUUCAAUGCCAUGCUCUGUUGUCCUCAAGAGCUCGCAGUUGUGAAUGUAUCUAUGGGCGCUUGUUUCGUCGUCGGUCUAGUUUUAGGCCCAACUAUGGGUUCGCCUCCUGUUCCUUGGGACUUCAAAUGUCUCUGUGGUGCUUUCGCCGCCGGCACCGAACAAAUUACAUGGCGCUGGGCAUUCAUACUAGUGAUUCCGUUAUGCUCCAUCAGCCUGAUACUCCAGGCUCUUUUCUUGCCCUGGCUUAACAUAAUGAAUGAGGAGGUAAGGGUUGCCAAAAAGAGGGAUUUCGACAUGUUCGGAAUGACUCUACACAUGGUAGUGUGCUUCCUCUUCCCGCUCAGUUGCACAUUUCUGGGAUCUGCAGGGGUUUUCGGAGCCAGAGAUGCCAUUGCUGCCUGGAGCGCAUUUACCUUUGCUGUGUUUCUAUAUGUGAUUCAGCAAGCGUACAGCAUUGGCACCACACCCGCUGCCCGCAUCGUGUCUCCAUUUUCGCUCUUUACCAACCGAACGAUACUGCUGGCCUGGAUAUGCACGAUCUCCGCCGCUGCAGCAUACGGUGCUGCGCUCUACUACUUGCCUAUCUAUUUUGCCUUCAACCGAGGCCUGGGCCCGUUUGACGCCGCGACCCGCCUUUUACCUCUUGUAUGCAUCUUCAUCGCCGCCGUCAUCAUAAGCAGCGCUCUGCUAUGCGCCUUCCACUUCUACAAGCCACUUUUCGUCUUGGGCUCUAUUCUCCUCCUAGUUGGCGGUGGUUUAUUCCAAACGCUCAGUAUCGAGACGUCUGAGUCAUCUGUGAUGGGAUUCGAAUCUGUCGUCGCCGCUGGCCUUGGCGUUCUCUGGCAAUUAGCCAUACCAGUGUGCUGGGUCACCCUAUCCAACACAAAAGACCGUUUGGAUGCCGCGCUGCUCAGCAACAUGGCACAUUGGGGUGGCAUCGCGGUGUCGCUCUCUAUUGCCGGGAUGAUCUACCAGGGCAUAGGGCUCCAGUCUCUGAAGAAAUCCUUUGGAGACGGUGACGUGGGUUCCUCAUUCUCGGACAACGAAAUGCUUGAACUGCUCGCAGGCGUCGACUCCCCUGUUUUAAACAGCAGGAAUUCGACGGAGAUACGACUCAUGGUCACGGUUGCAACUACCGAAGCCCUCAAGGGUUGUUUCACCAUCAUACUCGCUGCUGGUGCGAUUUCAUUCCUUGCCGCGAUGGGAAUGAAAUGGGAAGCCCUUGGCUCUGAGCCUGAUAGAGAGGAUUCCGAAGGUUUAGAACUUGGCUCCCGCGUUAAUCGGAGACAGGAUGGUGAUGAAAUCAUGCUAGAUGGUUUGAAUGUAACAGGAGGGGCGACGGUUGACAGAUGA